AUGAAGCCGACACGAACGACCUUGCUCUUGCUGGCGACGAUGACAAACGUUCUUGCAGCGCCAGUGGCCGAUGCGAACAUUGUCAUGGCGGACCCAGAUAUGAGGCCUGAGUACCACACAUCCUGGGUCGAAGAUAGUACCAAGCCAUGGCUGAGAAAGUGGGCCGCAGAGAAAGGCGAACCUUGCAACCCUGGCAAAGGCCAGUGUGUCACUGGCCUCGACUGUUACGCAUGUGGUAAUCACCAGCCCGUGUGCCAGCAAGGUCCGGGCUCGAACGAGUGCUGCUACCGGGAUAAUCCGAAUUCGGUAGCCGUAUGCGACCGGUUAUAG